AUGAGUCGGAAAGGGUGGAAGCGGCCAGAUGACGUUGCCAUCAAGGACCUCCAGGGCAAUGCGCCUCGAGUGGAGGACCAGGUGGACCCGCAGUACGACGAAUACUUGGCCCUUCUACAAGAGCGAAACAGAAUUCUCAAGCGCAUGAAAAAGAAGACCGAUGAAGAGGUGGAGCGCGAGCGGAAGGAGGCCGGCUUCUCGCUGUAUGUGAAUGGGCCGCAUCGGUCUGGGCGCGACCGCCGGGCCACGCCGGGAUCGAGGACAGGGUCUGCUCGGAGACGACCGCUGUCAAAGCGACAGGGGUCGUCCCGCGGCGGCCGUGCAGAUGCUGCCGACACCCACACCGAUGGCGACGACGGUGGCGGUGAUGUAUCACCCAAUAUGGAGCGCCCGCCCGGGUCGCGUCGGCGCAACUGGCAGCCGGCAGACUUUGAGAUCCGCACAGGCCAGGGGCAGCGCAGGACGGUGGUUGCGCCAAGUAUUCUCACGGGCGCAUACGAGGACGAUUUUGAUGCGGACGAACAGGAUGAUGAUGACGGCGACGGCAAUGAAGAUGAGGAUGAAGUCGUGGAUGAGACAGAUGCACGUGGCGGCAGCGUGAGUGAUGCACACGAUGAUGGUGAUGAUGACGAUGGUGGUGAUGAUGUGGCCGAGGAGCAGCACAUACGAGACUUUGACCACACUGGCGAUGGGGAUGCUGAUCAGCACGAGCGCUCCGGCGAAGCGGCGGGGGAAGUGGUGCGCGAGUCCAUUGAGUCGUGGCCCCUGGACACCACAACGCCAACUGGCGGUAACGGCGAUGGCGAUGAUGAUGGUGGCGUUCAUGAUGACAGUUUGCUUGAGGAAGGCCCAGCACGGACACAAACGCAGUCGCCCACCCCUCACGUGCACGGCAUCGGCAUUACCGACAGCCACCAGCAGUUGGAGGGGGCGGUGAUGGACGUGACCCAGGACAUCCCCACCGUGGUGGGCGACACCACAUCUGCGCUACCACAUGGUGAUGAGGACAGGGCCGCCGUCACAGCACGCAGCGACGAUCGCAGCGACGAUGUCAACAACGAUGAUUACAGCACCAACGGCGUUCGCUCCGUCGCCAACCCACAUAUCAGCGGUGAUGGCAGUGCUGAUCACGAUGCAGACAGCGUAGAUGGAGGCCGCACCAGCAUUGAAGACGACAACGCAAGCAUGGCCUCUGCAGACUCGUUCCAGCCGGGAACACUCACGCGCAACACGACAUUCGUGCUUGAAUCGCCGGCAGAGCUCGGGUUUGAGCUGCCGCGCGCUGAGGAAACGCUGAGGCCGCUGCACCCCGACAGCAGCGACAAUGAUGACACUGAAGGCGAUGGCGAUGGUCGAUGUGGGACGAGUGAUGGUGAUGAGGAGACAAGGGGUGGUGGUACGUCGACGGUAGCGCGUGGCAGCGGCGGCGGCGGAAGCGUUUUGAGGGCGGCCAGGGGCUCUGUGAAGCGAAUCAAGACCGAGCAGGCGACAAAGGCCGGGAAGAGAGGGAGCCACAAUGGCAGCAGCACCCGGGAUGGUGGCAGUGAUGGUGGAGAUGAUGCAGGGAAAGGGGAGGGCAAGGCGGCGCGUGCAGCAGAGGCGAGAAAACGGUUGAGAGAGCAGAAGAGGAAGCUGGCUGCAGAGAAGCGGCGAACAGGCGCAGGCGAACGCGAACCGUGGAGAGUGGAGUUUGUUGGAGUUGAGGGUCAGGCCACGAGUGUGAUUGGUUCCACAGACGCCAGCACGAGUGGAAGCAGCAGCAGCACCACGGUGUCGCUGGAGAAGGCGUGGAAGCGGCUGAAGCGACACGGGCGAUCGCUGAUCAUCCGACCGAAGAGCACAUGGACGGACUGGGUUGGCGUCACGCAGGACGUCGGCCUCACAAAGAUUGAGGUCCUGGACGCUUUUCUGCAACCCAUUGCUCCUGGGCCCAACACGUGGCUGCUCGCUGUCAACGACGCGUUCGAUGCACACACACACGAGCUGCUGACUUCUGGCCCUGCCAACACCACCGACGCCGCGCACAUGUGGCUUUAUCACGUGCAGGACGACGCGUGGCCUGCGCUGCGGCUUCGGUUCGAGGCCUCGCUGUCGCCCUCCACAAUCCGCAUCGUCAACUACAACCGGCCCAACUGCGAAACGAACGGCGUGCACACGAUUGCCAUUGAGGACGACGCAGGUGCCUUGCUCUGGUCCGGCCAACUCACAAAGGGAACGGGGCGACGCAACAAACCGCCGAUUGUGGAGGCCGAGCUGUCGUGGCCGUCGCCAGCAGAGGAGGAUGGUGAUGGUGAUGGCGAUGAUGAUGAUGAUGAUGAUGAUGAUGGUGGUGGCGGGGAUGAGGUGGACGCAGCCGCAACGGGUGAAGCGGAGAAGAACAUCGGCGGUGGGGAUCAUGCCACUGGCAACGCGGAUACAGCAACACCGCCUGCACCACAACACCAACAUGCCGGCACGACGGGAACGGCAACGGCUGGGCGAUCGCCGGCGCCGCUGCACCGCGGGUUGCGGUCGUCGAGUGCACGCGUGUCGCGCCCGCCGCCACCCUGGAUCCCAACAGCGGACGGCCCUGUAGCCGCCACUCCCGGCAGUGGCGACGACGAUGGCGAGCGGGUGCACGUGCGGUCGUCGAGUGCGCGGACACCAACUCGCGCGCGCCCGGCGAGUGGACGGCGGGUGUCGUCGCCGGCGCUGUGGCUGAAGCGCGCGCCACUGCAGCGAGCAGCGUCGGGGUCCCUGCUCAGGGAGCUGGAGGGGGCGACUGGCAAUGACGGUGGUGGCGGUGGUCAUCGUGAUAGCAGCAGUGGCAGAGGCAGUCGUCCCGUGUCGCGAUUGUCUGUGAAGGCGGCAGCGGCAGCAGUGCUGGUGCCGGAGCUGGAGAGGAAGCAAGACAACGCGCGCCAGACCACGGCCACCACGGCGAGUGUGGGCGGGCGCGGUGAUGACGGCGCGAUGGAGCGAUCAAUGGACGGACUGAACGCGUUUCGGAAGCUGCAGGCGUCGCGAAUUGAUGCGCCGGACUUCCAGCAGAUGCUCAACACGAGCCUGAGCCAAGAGUUCAGAAGGCUGUGGGGAGCAGAAGAGAGGGAGGCGCAUGCCACAGCGCAUGGCAGCGGUGACCACGAUGAUGAUGGUGGUGGCAAGGAGGAGAAUGCCAACGCGGUCAUGAUGGCAAACUCGGCAUUCGAUAAAGUGCUGAAACAGCAGCGGCACAGACAGGACCAGCAGCCACAUCAGCAGCCACAACAACGCCUACACGCGGACAAUGAACGGGAAGAGAUGAUGGCCGAGCACGAGAGGGGUGCACACGACCACAUCGAUGGUGCCCAAGACCAGCUCUUUCCGCAAGACCUCACGCAACAGGAGCAAGGGAAACAACGCAGCGGAGCAGAUCAAGGCUUUGAACAACAGCAGCAGGAGCAGCAGCAACAUGCUGGUGACCGUUUUGGUGCUGGUGACGGCGGCGAUGGUGGUGCAUAUGGGGUCGCUGUCUCGACAGCAGUCCCAUGCGGCAUCUUUGAGGAGCGGCCGAUGGGCCAGCGCGUUGUGCUGCACCUGCACUCAACAUGGGGUGACCCGCACUACAUUGGCCUGACCGGCGUCGAAGUGUUUUCGCCCGCCGGCCAUUCGCUCCGCUGCACCUCCGUCACCGCGGACCCGCCCGAUCUCCGCAUCAUCUCUGGUUACGACCAGGACCCGCGUGUUGUUGACAACCUCGUUGACGGCACCAACUGCACCUGCGAUGCCAUGCACAUGUGGUUGUGCCCCUGGCUUGGUCCACACCACUCCCACACCGUCACGCUCCUCUUCCCGCAGCAAACGGAGAUUGGUGCUGUGCGCGUGUGGAACUACAACGAGUCGCGCACAUCGUCCUACCGCGGCGUGCGCGAGCUCUCCCUGCACGUUGACGGGCGGUGCGUGUUUCGCGGGGAGAUACGGCAGGCGACAGGCAGCGUCUCGACCCCACACGAGCUGUUUGAGCUGCUGCUGUUUGUGCCGCCGGCAUCGGGCGUGCUGCAGGGCAUCGAGGCCUUUGACGCCGUGCAGCGCGCACGUGUACGCGGCGCCAAUCGUGGUGCUGGCCGUGGCGCUGGCGUCGCGGGUGGCAAUGAUGAUGGUGGCGGAGGUGAAGGUGAUGGUGAGGGCGAUGGGGAUGAGGACGGGUUCCUGCCGCCACGGCCCGCGACGCGCGGGGAGGAUGGACCCGUUGACAUCAGCGCAGACGCAGCGGCGGUGCAGCAGCUGCUGGAGGAGCUGCAGGGCGAUGACGGCGGCACUGGCAAUGGUUGUGCUGGUGGUACUGGGGGUGACGACGCCGCCGACGCUGGUGGUCGCGGCGACGGGGCGGAGGGCGGCUUUCAGCUGCCCGUGUUUGAGGACACGGCGUCAGGUUUUGAUGAGACACCAGUUGGCGUGUCGUCAUCAUCACCAGCCACAUCGUCGGCGGCGUCGACGUCCACGCUGCCAAAGGGUACGCGGUUUCAACUCAACUUUGUGGAGACGUGGGGCGAUCCGUACUACCUUGGUCUCACCGGUCUACAGCUCAUCGACGAACACGGCGGUGUGAUUGCUGUGUCGAUGCGCCAAGUGGAAGCGGUGCCGCGCGAUUUGAAUGAUCUUCCAAACGUUUAUGAUGACGACCGCACACUCGACAAGUUGUUUGAUGGCACCAACAUCACCACCGAUGACGAGCACAUGUGGCUCAUCCCCUUUACCCCCACCGGUGACCAUCUCAUCACUUUCUUCUUUGAUACACCGACGACCGUCAGCGCUCUCCGGUUCUACAACUACAACAAGAGCGCGGAUGAUAUUUAUCGCGGAGCUAAACGGGUAUUUGUGUCUGUGGAUGAUACGGAUGUGUCACCGUCUGGCGGGUAUCUCAUCUGCAUUGCGCCGGGCAGCGCUGCGUUUGACUUUGCCCACACCGUCUCCCUGCACCCACGACAUCGCCGCUACCCGCCAGCGUCCAUCCACCACAAGCAGCUCACACCGAGGUGGAACGCCACCAACUCCUACAUUGUGCCGGCACCGCCGCGUGUGCUGCGUCUCUCGCUGCGCUUGAUUGACACGUGGGGCGACCUCCACUACAUUGGACUCAACGGCCUGCAGCUGCUCGAUGCCUUUGGCGCCGAAAUUCCACUCACACCGCAGAACAUCCACGCCGUGCCCGAGAGUGUGAAUGUGCUGCCGGGCGUCUCUGGGGAUGCGCGCACUCCAGAUAAGCUGGUGGACGGACACUACAACACCAACAACGACUAUCACAUGUGGUUGACACCACACACCCCGGGGAAGGCGGCCGUGGUUGAGGUGUUGCUGCCGCAGCCAAUUAUGCUGGGGGCGCUCAAGCUGUGGAACUACUCGAAAACACCAAAGCGCGGCGUGCGACACCUGCAGCUGUGGGCAGACGGAAGGAUUAUGUUUGAGGGCUUUGUGCAUCCUGGCCAACAGCAGCGGGGCCACGUCGCGCUGCCGUUUGGCACAGACAUGGAUGUGGACCAUCACCAGGCCAUUGUGUUUGCCCCAAAUCUGCUGGACAAGCCUGACCUGGAUCUCCACCCAAUGCGAGCGCUGGAGCGAGCAGUGGACAAGGUCAUCCUCAUCAACGAUGGCGUUUGGCUGACCGACUUUCCGUUGGAGAAGCAAGCAUCCCACCACGCCCCACGACCCAAGACCAGCGUCGUUGGCUCCAUGUGCUAG